CCAUGGGUACAAGCUAUCUGCGCUGGUCUUGCAUGGAGACUCAUUUGUUGAUCGAAGUUUCAAUCGGGGUCUGUGUCUACAGACUAAGAGCCGUCCGAGGAUCGCCCUGUCUGCUGUAUGCUCAUGCGCGACGAGGAUGAAGGGAACUCGCAUAUGUUUUUGAAAGGGACCAAGAAAUCAGCUGGCAUUCGAACAAUUUGUGCUGGUCGUGAUAGCAUCCUUUUGACUUAGGAGCAGGGAUCAUUGAGAGCGUCCCUUGAUGGUGAGAUGGAUUCAACCAACAUGACCAAGGAACAAACCAGAGAAGAUAAUUUAAUCUCCAGCGAUCGGGGACAUAAUUCUAGCACUAUCAGAAAAAGGGAAGGUUUAUCUUUGCCUCUGAUCUUCAGUGCACUAUCUGUCACAGUCGGUGGAUCAUUGCUCGCAGGGUUCAAUACCGCAGUUCUCUCAGUCCCUUCAUCGGAAAUGAAGGAGUUUUUCAACGAGUCUUACCGCCAUCGAAUGGGAUCUCAUCUAGACCCAGACCAGGAGAGGUGGUUAUGGUCGUUCACCGUAUCAACCCUGUGUAUUGGAGCAGCCGUUGGCGCCCUUUUAUCAAGUUACCCUAGCAAUAGAUUUGGGAGGAAGAAGACCAUUAUGAUGAACAAUGCUUUCUCAAUAUCCGGGGCUUUGUUGAUGAGUUUAAGUGUUAUAUCUCACUCAUAUGAGAUGGUCGUUAUUGGUAGAUUUCUGGUAGGAAUCAACUUAGGAGUUGUGACUGCUGUUGUUCCUAUAUACCUGACUGAGAUAUCACCAACCAAUCUACGAGGAUUGGUUACAGCUUUACAUGGAAUGCUUCAGAACCUCGGCGUGUCGCUCUCUCAGGCUCUUGGAUUGUAUGUGUUUACCUGGGCGUCUUCAUGGCCCUUACUCGUAGGUCCUCCGGUCAUUAUGACCAGUCUAUUCCAGCUAACUACCGGCAUCUGCUCUCCAGAAAGCCCUCGAUGGCUCUAUAUCAAAAGGAAUCAACAACAGAGUGCAAUCAAAGCUUUAAGACGACUACGUACUUCAAACGAUAUAUCAGGUGACAUCUCGGACAUGGAUGAAGAGAGAGUUCGAGAGAAGACGCAGGAAGUUGUUGGAAUCCUUGAUCUUCUGAGACUCCGUCAACCAGGCUGGGGUCGACCUCUCCUACUGACGAUCAUCUGUAACUGUUGUGUUCAUCUUACUGGUGUCAAUGCGAUCUGGUUUUAUCUGGUAGAAGUCUUCCAUGCUACUGGGCUAUCUGAAAGAAAGAUCGGUUUUGUGACUGUUUGGCUCGGAAUAGCAAAUGUAUUCGUUACUUUAUUAUCGGGCUACUGCUUUGAUCGGUUUGGCAGACGACCUAUGAUAAUUGGAUCUCUCGCCGUCUGCAUUAUUAAUCUCUCUACUUUAACUGCGUGUAUGCAAUUUCAGACACACUAUUCCUGGUUGCCAUGGGUAAGCGCCUCUCUGAUUGCCGUCCAUACGUUGAUGGUGAGCCUUGGGCCAGGUGCUGCUCCGUUUGUCCUUUGUACGGAGAUAUGGUCUCAGGGCCCGCGAAGUUCCGCUAUGGCUUUUGGUUCUCAGGUCUACUGGACGAUGAACUUCUUGGUUGGAUUACUCUUCCCUACAUUACAAGCAUAUCUUGGUCCGUAUUGCUUCUUGCUCUUCGCGGGGAUCCUCACAUUGAUAUUCGUCUAUUUUUGGUUUGAACUGCCGGAAACAAGGAACAAGACAUUCGAAGAAAUUGCUUGUAAUUUCAAGAGGGGUGUGACCUUUCAAAAUCAAGAUGAAAUCAAGAGACUAUAUGACAACCAAGAUCUUUCUACUACCGAGACAAAGUGUCAUCAUGAACAACAGCAUGUGUAGAAUAUUAUCUAAUCUAUAUAUUAUCUUUGUAAAGCGAGAACAUAAUGGGGAGAGUUUUUAUUGGUUGGACAGAAGGCUCCAUACGUUUACUUUUGAUAUUUAUAAUUUAUAACAGGUUGAAAUGGUCGUAAAGGAACGGGUCUUGCUAUUGUCUUUCAGUCUUUGUGUCGUGUGUUAGAAUAUCCCUGCGGUGUCCGUUGGCAACAAUCACUAUAGUAACUAGGGGUCCUUUUCAUACAACUAUGGUAACUUUGGCGAUAUCGUAACCAUAGAAACCUUGAUUGUGAUUGGCUACUGAGCAUAUAUCAUCAAAGGUCAAGUCCACCCCAGAAAAUGAUGAUUUGAAUC